UUAAGCGAGAGCGGAGAGUGACACCGGUCUCCAAGGGGGAGUGUUAUGAAAGUCAGACAUUUCCAACGCCGAAAAUGUUGAAAUAAUUAAAGAUGUGGGUCCCACUGUCACUAUUUGCACAGUAAUUUUUCUUCUAUAAAUACGGAGUUUUCGAUCAUUUGUAAAAACACGAUUACACCAUCCUUUCUCCUUUAAUAACACAUCCUCUCUUCUUAUCAGUGUUAUCUUCUUCGUACGGGUAUAAAAUUUUUCCCUUAUUUAAAUUCCUGCGAUAUAAUAAAAUUUCAUUUCUUUUAUAACACACUGCAAUUUAUUUGAAGCUAAGGUUAUUUAUUAACCUUGUAUAACUAACUAAACAAAGAAGUUUUAGAAUUUGUCAACUUCCAAUUUAAUAAUCUAAUAGCAUUGACUUUGUAAAACUCCUGGACAUACGUCAAUAGAAGAUCUUGGGAAGAUUUUAUUUCAUUUAAAAAUGAAUUUAUUCUAUUAUCGAGAUGCCGAACUUAGGGAUUAAUUAUACUAAUAUGUGUCCUUUCUUUUCUUGGUUUUAAAUUGUUAUUUCGACAGCUUAUAUUAUAUAUGUUAAUUAUGUAUUAAAAUUAUAUCACCUACUAGCUUUACACGAUUAUUAACGUGAAACCGGCCAAUGACAAGUUAAGAUUUAUAUUUUAAUACUGAAUUUACUAUACAUUAGUUAUAUUAGAUAGUUUAGGAAUGAUUUAUAUAUUAUGAUUUAUAUAUUGUACACAAGUAAAUGUAAGCAAUAUGCAUGUUGUGGUCGAAGUAACACAUAAAAUCUGAAUUUAUUGCGUAUAACCUUAAGUUUCAGUAACCUAUUAUUAAUUAAAAUUAUUUUAUAUGCAAAAUAGUUAUCUUUUUCACCAACAACGAUAUUAUACUAAGUUUGGAUCUGAAUAAUGAUACAUCAACCGCUGAACCGCACUAGUACAAACCAUUAUAUUAUGUGCCUUAAUGCCUUUUUUACUUUUUCUAAUACGUUUAUAAUCGCCCAUGAAAGUAUAUUCUGAUGACAAAGCUAGUAUGUAUAGUAUCAAUAAAAUAAACUAAAGUUUCAGAUAAAAUCUACGUGGCACCGGUGGAAAAUGGGUUCCAAAUAUGUAUAUAUCUUAUACAAUAAAGUUUACUUAUGAUCUCUCCUCCUUCUUUCACCUCAGCAAGCAGAGCGGUGCUUUUCGCGACACGUGUCGCCUCAACAGACAUUCUACGAAACUAAUUUCCCGUAUCUUUUGCGUUUUUAAUUUGGGCUUCUGUUGUGAUUGACUUUUUCGUUUCUUUUGUAUUCUUUAAUUUGGGCUUCUAUAAUGUUAAUUUUCAGGCCCAGUGUCCUCUCUGAAAAAAUCUGAAGCUCUUUCUAUUCAUUUUCCUCGACGAUGACGAUCUCUUUUCUCUGAAACUGUAGGAGAUCAAGCUUCCAUGCAUUUAUGAUAUGUCAUAACUCAAGUUUUAAAUAAGGUUUUGCUCUCAUCCUACUCUGAUUAUUUUAUGGAAUCUGAUGCAUGCUCUUCAAAAGGGAAAAAAACCUUCAAUUAUUCGAACGAUCCACGUUUGAGAACCAACAUGAUGAAAUUGAAGCAAAGAUUCUUGAAGAGAGGGCAGCUCUUGAAGCUAAGUAUCAAAAGUUGUAUCAACCUUUCUACACCAAGCGAUAUGAGAUUGUGACCGGUGCGGUUGAAGUCGACGGUGCACCAGAAGAAGUAAAAAUAGAACAAGGAGAAAAUAAAGCUGCUGAAGAGUUGAAGAACCAAAAGGGUUCAAGCUUGAGGUUUUUCUUUGAUGAGAACCCUUACUUCAAGAAUACUGUGUUGACCAAGACAUAUCACAUGAUUGAUGAGGAUGAGCCUAUCCUCAAGAAGGCCAUAGGACGGAGAUUGAAUGGUAUCCUGGAAAUUGUUCGACUCAGAAGAUCCUAAAAAAGAAGCCAAAGAAGGGAUCCAAAAACACAAAGCCUAUCACGGUAUCACCAAGACUGAGGACUGUGAGAGUUUCUUCAAAUUUUUCAGUCCACCUCAAGUUCCUGAGGACGAAAAUGAUUUUGAUAAACAUGGCUGAUGGACAAUGAAAAGUUUAGGAGUAAGCGUCAGGCAAAGAACAAGGAAGUUAGCGAAGGUUGAAAGCCUAUCAAGACUGGUUAUGGGGGUGUUCAAAAAAAAAAGACUGGUUAUUAGGGCUGGGUUCGCGGGUCAAUCCGCCCCGCAUGACCCGCCAACCCGCGGAUCGACUUUAUUUUUUAAACUCAAAAUUCCGACCCGCAUAACCCGCGAAAAAAAAAUCGUAAACCCGCACCCGCCCCGCUAAGAUUGCGGGUAACCCGCGGGGCCCGCGGAUAAUAUUAAAUUUAAUAAAUAAUUAUUUUUAUUA